UGUCUCUGCUGCUUCCUGCAGUCUGCUGGGGAUGCAGAGUUCACCAGGUAGAACAACAGAUCAGAGUUUACCAGGUAGAACAACAGAUCAGAGUUUACCAGGUAGAACAAAAGAUCAGAGUUUACCAGGUAGAACAACAGAUCAGAGUUUACCAGGUAGAAUAAAAGAUCAGAGUUCACCAGGUAGAACAACAGAUCAGAGUUUACCAGGUAGAACAAAAGAUCAGAGUUUACCAGGUAGAACAAAAGAUCAGAGUUUACCAGGUAGAAUAAAAGAUCAGAGUUUACCAGGUAGAAUAAAAGAUCAGAGUUCACCAGGUAGAACAACAGAUCAGAGUUUACCAGGUAGAACAACAGAUCAGAGUUUACCAGGUAGAACAAAAGAUCAGAGUUUACCAGGUAGAACAACAGAUCAGAGUUUACCAGGUAGAACAACAGAUCAGAGUUUACCAGGUAGAACAACAGAUCAGAGUUUACCAGGUAGAACAACAGAUCAGAGUUUACCAGGUAGAAUAAAAGAUCAGAGUUUACCAGGUAGAACAAAAGAUCAGAGUUUACCAGGUAGAACAACAGAUCAGAGUUUACCAGGUAGAAUAAAAGAUCAGAGUUUACCAGGUAGAACAACAGAUCAGAGUUUACCAGGUAGAAUAAAAGAUCAGAGUUUACCAGGUAGAAUAAAAGAUCAGAGUUUACCAGGUAGAACAACAGAUCAGAGUUCACCAGGUAGAACAAAAGAUCAGAGUUUACCAGGUAGAACAACAGAUCAGAGUUUACCAGGUAGAACAACAGAUCAGAGUUUACCAGGUAGAAUAAAAGAUCAGAGUUUACCAGGUAGAAUAAAAGAUCAGAGUUUACCAGGUAGAAUAAAAGAUCAGAGUUUACCAGGUAGAACAACAGAUCAGAGUUUACCAGGUAGAACAAAAGAUCAGAGUUUACCAGGUAGAAUAAAAGAUCAGAGUUUACCAGGUAGAACAACAGAUCAGAGUUUACCAGGUAGAACAACAGAUCAGAGUUUACCAGGUAGAACAAAAGAUCAGAGUUUACCAGGUAGAACAACAGAUCAGAGUUUACCAGGUAGAACAACAGAUCAGAGUUUACCAGGUAGAAUAAAAGAUCAGAGUUUACCAGGUAGAAUAAAAGAUCAGAGUUUACCAGGUAGAAUAAAAGAUCAGAGUUUACCAGGUAGAACAACAGAUCAGAGUUUACCAGGUAGAACAAAAGAUCAGAGUUUACCAGGUAGAAUAAAAGAUCAGAGUUUACCAGGUAGAACAACAGAUCAGAGUUUACCAGGUAGAACAACAGAUCAGAGUUUACCAGGUAGAACAACAGAUCAGAGUUUACCAGGUAGAACAACAGAUCAGAGUUUACCAGGUAGAACAACAGAUCAGAGUUUACCAGGUAGAAUAAAAGAUCAGAGUUUACCAGGUAGAAUAAAAGAUCAGAGUUUACCAGGUAGAAUAAAAGAUCAGAGUUUACCAGGUAGAACAACAGAUCAGAGUUUACCAGGUAGAAUAAAAGAUCAGAGUUUACCAGGUAGAAUAAAAGAUCAGAGUUUACCAGGUAGAACAACAGAUCAGAGUUUACCAGGUAGAACAAAAGAUCAGAGUUUACCAGGUAGAACAACAGAUCAGAGUUUACCAGGUAGAACAACAGAUCAGAGUUCACCAGGUAGAACAAAAGAUCAGAGUUUACCAGGUAGAACAACAGAUCAGAGUUUACCAGGUAGAACAACAGAUCAGAGUUUACCAGGUAGAACAACAGAUCAGAGUUCACCAGGUAGAAUAAAAGAUCAGAGUUUACCAGGUAGAACAAAAGAUCAGAGUUUACCAGGUAGAAUAAAAGAUCAGAGUUUACCAGGUAGAACAAAAGAUCAGAGUUUACCAGGUAGAACAACAGAUCAGAGUUUACCAGGUAGAACAACAGAUCAGAGUUUACCAGGUAGAAUAAAAGAUCAGAGUUUACCAGGUAGAAUAAAAGAUCAGAGUUUACCAGGUAGAAUAAAAGAUCAGAGUUUACCAGGUAGAACAAAAGAUCAGAGUUUACCAGGUAGAAUAAAAGAUCAGAGUUUACCAGGUAGAACAAAAGAUCAGAGUUUACCAGGUAGAACAACAGAUCAGAGUUUACCAGGUAGAACAACAGAUCAGAGUUUACCAGGUAGAACAAAAGAUCAGAGUUUACCAGGUAGAAUAAAAGAUCAGAGUUUACCAGGUAGAACAAAAGAUCAGAGUUUACCAGGUAGAACAACAGAUCAGAGUUUACCAGGUAGAACAAAAGAUCAGAGUUUACCAGGUAGAACAAAAGAUCAGAGUUUACCAGGUAGAAUAAAAGAUCAGAGUUUACCAGGUAGAACAACAGAUCAGAGUUUACCAGGUAGAAUAAAAGAUCAGAGUUUACCAGGUAGAACAAAAGAUCAGAGUUUACCAGGUAGAAUAAAAGAUCAGAGUUUACCAGGUAGAAUAAAAGAUCAGAGUUUACCAGGUAGAACAAAAGAUCAGAGUUUACCAGGUAGAACAAAAGGUAGAACGGCAGGUAGAACUAACAGAUUAAUGGAUACCUCAAUGACACACUGACAGGACAAUACUUAGAAGACAAAGGUUCCUCAGAAGAUGUGGUGAAAGUAAAACCAGAUAUAUAUUUGACUGAAGGUGUUCCUGCUGUAGAAAACCACUUACAUCUAGGAACUGCCCGCUUUCCUUCAACAGGUUUUAUUUCUCACGUAGACUUUUACAGUGAAAUGCAAAGUGCCUGUUCAUGCAAUAAUCAGACAUUAAACAGAAUAUUCUUUAAAAACAGUAGAAAAAUAGAGAAAGUCAUCUUCAUGUUCUAGGAAGCUCCUCACCACUGGAUGUGUGACAUUUCUUUACUUUAGCCUCAUUUAUGUCGUUUUAAUCAUUUUAAUCAACCAGUUUCCUCUAAAUAGCUCAGAUUCUUCAUUAAACGUUUUGCUUUUCAGCAAAUGAAUAACAGAAUGAGUUUGAUUUCAGCUGGACUGUGUAACUCUCAUCUUUAACACUGUUUUAAAUGAUCUGUAGCUUUAAAUAGAGCUGAACUACUACUGGCCACGCCCCCUUCAGGAAGAAGCCUCUCUCUGUCUGUAACUGACAGCAGGGACAGAAACAGUGGAGUUCAUCAGACCAGGGCUUUCUGCUGCUUCUGACCUCUUCUCUGAUCAUUUUACCUCUCAGGUGUUGCUUUUAACUUCUGAUUGUCAGAGAACGUUGUGUUUAUAAAAAUCUGUUUUCUGACAAAAAAAAGCAGCUUAGAAACGUUUUUGUUUAUUGGUUUGAGUUCAAAGUUUCUGCCACAAGAAAACACUGAGAGACUGGUAGAGAUGAUAGCUGAGUGUUUUUAGACGAUUUCUAUGGUAGAACUUUAUCUGACUGUGGAAGAAAAUGUUUCAUUAUUCAGGACAGCUGAAAGAAGUAGUUCUCCUCAGCUUUGUUCAGGUAGAAUAUGAGUAUAGAGUAUAUAUAUAUAUAUAUAUAUAAUUAUAUAUAUAGAAUAUUCAGCUGUGAUUUGACCGUUUGAAACUCUAAAACCUGUUGGCUGGCUAGAAAAUCAUGUUAUAUUAUUAAAAAUCAGUCAAAAUGACAGCAUUUAUCUAAACCAGAAACUGUAGAAGCAGAAAUAAUCGGACGUUUUUCAGCUUUUAAAUGCUCCUUCCCUCUUUGUUCACCACAUUUAAGCUUAAAAUGGGGAUAUUUUCUGAAAAUCACUUUAAUGCCUCAUUUAAAAAUAACAAAGAAUGAAAUAGUUUGCAGUGUUUUAAUUUAUUGAAAAAAAUAAUUCUGUGUCUCAAAGUGCAGCUAAAACUGAGACUGACUGGAAUGGAUGCAUUAAAGAAAGAAAACAGAGAAAAUAGUCUGAUUUUAAACUUUAUAAUGAUCCCUGAAACAUGCUGGACUCUUUAUAAUGUCCUAACAGUUUUAGAUACGCUUUAAUGCUAUAAAACAAUGGUACAAUUAAUCAGAGCUAGAAACUGAUUUUAAACUCUAUAAAGAGCCUUAAAAUAAUAUUAUAUGACUUUAGGUUUUUUCAGGAAAACUGAGAAAAUCUCUGCCUAAAAUUGAUAUUUCAUCAGAAUGUCUUUAUUCUACGUGUUAGAUUUAAAUUAAUAAUGAAAGAAAUUCAACUUUCAUCUUUUUUAUGAUUUAUAUCAUUUCAAAUCCGGUUCUAGUCGUGUCUGUUGUGUUUCCAUAGAGGAGGAGAACUUUAUAUUUCAGCCCACAAACAGUAAAACCGACGGAGCAUAAAAACUCCAGUCUUUGGGUUCAGAGGAUUAAACUUUUUUCCUUCCUC